UCGUGACGCCAUCCAGACGCGCCGAGGGAGUGGCGGCGGCUGUCCCGGGAGCUCGAGGGCCGGGAGCUCGCCGAGAUGGCGGAGGCCGCGCCGCUGGUGUGGGUUCGCGGCCCCGGCUUCGGGUGCAAGGCGGUGCGCUGUGCCUCGGCCCGGUGGUCCGCCCAAGAAGUGGUCCGCCGACACUGCCGGGAUCAGGCUGUUCCAGUGGAAUGCUUUUUUGUGAAGUGCAAUGGAUCACUCGUUGAUGCCAAUGACAGAGUGCAGCAUGGCGCGGUUUAUAGUUUGGAACCCAGGCUCUUCGGUGGAAAAGGAGGGUUUGGAUCUAUGCUCCGUGCACUUGGUGCUCAGAUUGAGAAGACAACCAAUCGAGAAGCUUGCCGGGACCUCAGUGGAAGGAGACUACGAGAUGUCAACCAUGAAAAAGCGAUGGCUGAGUGGGUGAAACAGCAAGCUGAGCGAGAGGCUGAGAAGGAGCAGAAGCGCUUGGAGCGCCUGCAGCGGAAGCUUGCAGAGCCCAGGCCCUGCUUUACCAGCCGGGCGUACCAGCAGCAAUGCCAUGAGAUGGCUGAACGCUUGGAGGACUCUGUCCUCAAAGGCAUGCAGGCUGCCUCCAGCAAGAUGGUGUCGGCAGAGACUGGUGAGAGUCGGAAAAGACCCAACAAAUCAAAAGCAGACAGAGGAGCCAGAGCAGGGAAAAGGAAGUGCUUUUGGUUGGGCAUGGAUGGACUGCAGACGGCAGAGGAGUCCAGCUCAGAGACCUCGGAUGAUGAUGGGGAAGAAGCUCCUAGUACUUCGGGAAUGAGCCCGCAGGCUCUAGACGGCGGCCGCGAUGACAUGGAGCUGGCAGCCGGGUCCUCCCACCACUGUCCAGGGGCAAGUGUGCCGAGUGCAGCCUCUCAGUCCCCGGAGCCACCGCCGACCCCAGGGACAGGCUCUGGGCAUGCUGUCUCCGCAGGCAGGUGUGCUAGGUUGGGGCAGAGCUCUGCUGAGGGUCGUGUGGAUGAGACGAUGGCCGUGGAAACGGAGAAAAGCCAGGAGGAGAGGGGGACAGAAGGUGAAGAGCCCAAGGAAGAUGAGGCCGCAGGCCCUGGAGCGACUGGGGAGCUAAAGCAGUUGGAGAUGGCUGGCAGGGACAGAGCUGCGGAGGCUGCGCCUGGAGAGGGCAGGGAAAGCGCCCCCCUUGCCAGCCUGGAGGGAAGCCAGUCAGGAAGCACAGAUCCCGGUCAGGACACGAUUGAUCUGCUGGCAUUCAGCUCUGUAGCUGAGAUGGAGGCACUGGGUUUGGACAGGCUCAAGUGUGAACUGAUGGCCCUGGGACUGAAAUGUGGGGGCACCCUGCAGGAGCGGGCAGCGAGACUCUUCUCUGUCAGGGGACUGACAAGGGAACAGAUUGACCCUGCUCUGUUCGCCAAGCCUUUGAAGGGGAAGAAGAAAUGAGUUUCGUCGGAGCUGGUUUCCUAUGUGUUUAUAGUCUAGCAUUUGUAGCCUGCAUAAUGUUGACUCUUGGCCAUUAUUCAGCUGAUAUUAAAGCUGACUUUUUAAUGAGCCAAUUCUGACUUUUUCAUUAUUGUAUUUAUGGAGUUAAUGUGUGAAACCAUCUGGGCCUGCAGUUUUCUUUGUGGGAUGUUUUUUUUAAUAACAGAUUUAAUUUAAUAAAUAUAGGUGUAUUCAGAUUUUUGCUUUCGUCAUGUGCGAUUUAGGGAAGUUAUACAGUUGCCCCUUGAACAUCACCAGUUAGAACAACUGGUUAGCAGGAGUCCACUUACCUGGAUUUUUUUUUUUGUUUUCAAGAAAUACAGUAUGGUACUGUCAGUGUUUGUGGUUUUCUCAAUAAUGUUUUCUUUUGUCUAGUUCACUUUUUUGUAAGAACGCAAUAUAUAAUACAUAGAACACAGAGAAUAUGUGUUUGACUUGAUGUCAUCACUUGGGCUCCCAGGGCACAGUCACCUCUUCAUAGUUACGUUUUUGGGGGCGUCAGAAGUCACAGAUUUUUGGCUGCUCGGGGAUUGAUGCCUCUAACCCUCACGUUGUUGAAAGGUCAGCUAAAUUUUUGAGAAGUGUAUUCGUUUGAUCCCAGUUGUUAGGUUUGCGAUUCACAGGUGUCCCUCAUUCUUGUAGCAUCUUUGGGAGCUGUGGUGCUAACUGCUUUUUCAUUCUGGGACUGGUAGUUGCUGUUUGUUCUUUUCCCCAAUCAGUCUAGCCAGGGGUGUAUUGGUUUUGUUGAUCUUGAUUUUCAAAGAACUGACUUUUGGCUUUGUUCAUUUUUCUCAACUUUUGCAGUUUCAUUGAUUUCUGCUCUUUAUCAUUAACUUUCUUCUACUUAGUGCAGAUUUACUUUGCUCUUUUCUUUAGCUUAAGAUAGGUUAUAGGUCAUGAUCUUGAAUUUUUUCUAAUACAAGUAUUUAAAGUUGCACAUUUUUCUUUAAGCACUGCUUUAGCUGCAUCUCAAAAAAUUUUAAUAUGUUGUGUCUUCAUGAACAGUUGUAAAUGUUUUCUAAUUUCCUUGUGAAUUCUUCCUUGACCCGUGGGUCGAUUAUCUAGAAGUAUAUGGCCUAAUUAGCAGAUGUCUGUUUUUUUCCCUAAAUAUCUUGUUAUUGAUAGUUUAAUUCUAUAAACGUUAGAGAAUACGUUUAUGAUUUCAGUCUUUUUAAUUUUAUUGAGACUCCUAAUACGACCUGUAUGCGUAUGAUUUGCUUUGGUGAGUGUUCCACAUUCACCUGAAAAGAAUAUGUAUUCUGAAACAUUGGGUGAAUUUGUUCUCUAAUAACAGGUUAUGUGAUUAAUACAACUGUUGUUCACAUCUGUGUCUUCAUGGAUCUUUUGUGUCUUUCAGGUUUUACGUGUUGUUAAAAUCUAUUAUGAUUGUGCAAUUAUCUGUUUUUUUAAUUGUAUCAAUUUUGCUUCAUGUUUUGAAGGCCUGUUACUAGGUUAUGUCAUGUCCUCCCUAAUAAAUUGACCACUUUGUUCUUACAAAA